AUGCCCGCGCUCAUGACCGGAAUGACUGGAAAACCGCCGCUGCGAUGGCACGCAUGCACCCCAAAGCACAAGGACCGGGCCGGUGACCCGUAUGUGGAGACCUUUGUGGCUCAGAGAGCUGUCUGUGUUCCAUUGCGCCAGGCUGGAUGUCAGCGAGCUCUUGACGAAGCUGUAAACUCCAUUGGCACCGAUCCUGGGCGAUACAGUGUGGCGCUGUUUCAGACGUUAGUGGCCGCGGCACCCGUGGCAUUAGCACGUAGCGUCACAAUGCCAUACAGAGCCAUGCACUUCAAGACCUGUUGA